CCCCACUGACCGGACAGUACUGUCUCGACCCAUUGUAUGUAGUAUAUAGUGGUAGUGGCCGUGGCAUUCUAGAGAUUCCCAAUGCACGGACCUUGUUCGUGUUCGACCAGGAUGAAGCAAUCCAGAUACCAAUGGUGUGACCGACUGUGUUCCUCUCAUCAAUGCUACGUGUGUAAGCCUCUUCGAAUGAGGUACAUCGAUAAUCAUGAGAUGCGCAAAGUGUUCCCCGAGACGAGCCUCUCGGAAAUUCCGUACUGCCACGAAUAUGCAAAAAGCCAACGAGACGAUUUCAUUCGCCAAUGUCCCGAGGACAGCGCAGGGUGUCUUACCAAAUUUGAAGCUGGAUAUCUUUCGAGAACAUGCGCUCGUGUGGGGAUCGAGGAUUGCAAGGAAAUCAACGGUGUGACUUAUUGCUAUUGCAAGGGAGAGCUCUGCAACACUCCGGAUAGAAAGUUGUCCAUGCCUAAAAGUCAAGAAGUCGUGGAAAUGCGAUCGUUGUCAUCGAAAAAUGAGCCAAAUCCAGGGCGUGAAAUGAAGGCUCAAGAUCAUGCAGCGGAAAAUGAGGAAGGCUCCGGCGAAGGCUUCUACGACAUCUACGAUAGCUCGUACUUUGAUGAUGAGGAUGGUCUGAAUGGCGAACAAGAUAAGUUCGAUAUGACAGGAAACGUUGACGUGACGGAGCCGCCAAGUUACAUUCAAAAUUCACUUGAAGAGGAGGCCAAAGAACAAGAGCGCCAACACGCUCAAGACUCUUCUCGGAACAUUAAUGGGGAUAUUGAUUUUGAAGAUUCGAAUCAAAUCGAUCAUGGGAUAUCACACGACACCCAGGAGAUACCUCCAAAAACGGCCAGUGCUGGCCUCUCAGUCCGACCUAUCUUCAAUCAAUCGUGUUUGUCAAUAGUGCUGAUAUUGCUCUUUCAAAUGCUUGGGAAGGCGAUGAUCUGAAGUAGAGAAUCGUGGGCGUUCGACCAGUUCCAAAGCCAAGCCAGGGUAAUAUGCGACUUUUCGGGGCCCUCAAACUUGAUUUUCCUCUCCAGCACCGCCAUCCUCCUCUCCUGACUGUGAUAACUAUUAUAAAACACAUAUUCGUGUGCUCGUGUGCUGAUUCUGAUAUGUCUUCUUCAAAAGAAGCGAGCAAUGCAUCGAAAAAGAAAACUUGAUUGUUAAUAUACCGAAAUGAAUGUGUC